CUAAUCGGUCCGAAUGGAACCGCUGUCAAACAAAAUUGUAACAGCUGACGUACAGUAUGCAGUGCUUUGAGUGCUUGCGAGCAUUUCAGCAAUAUAAUAUGGGCAGUUAACUAUUAAUUAAUACUAUAUUGUGUGUAGUUUCAGAAAUGACCUUACAUGUGCAGUGAUAUACGUGUUAUGUUGUAAGUGUUAAGUGUUGGAUUUAGAACAAGUGACAGUUAAGAACUGAAGGGAUCGUUAGUAAAUUGUGGUUAGAACAUAAAUUCAAUAUGCCAGAAACAAAAUUAAAAACUUUAUACGUGGGCAAAUCAAUUGCAGAUUUGAAGAAAAUUUUCAAUAUUGAAGACGUUAUUAAAGGAAAAAAAGCAAAAACGCUCUGUACCACAGCCGACAAGUUGUUUGGUCAAGCAGAACAACAUAAGGAUUCUGGGGAUGAGGAGAUGAGUUAUGUUUGCUACAUGAAAUACCUUACAAUAGUGACCAUGGUUCAGAAGCUAGAAGAGUAUAAGAAGGAAAGGGACCAUUUCAAUCAGUUGCUUGGUGCGAAGAACAUAAAAAGUGCACUAGAUAUGGCAGAAAUACUUGCAGGCAGUUUGGAACAAAGAUAUGAAUUAAUGAACGAGCAACAGAAAUUUGAAGCUGAACAGCGAGUUCAAGAAGAGAGAGAGGCAAUGGAAGAAUUGAAGAGGAAGCAAGUGAAACUGGAAAAGCCAACUGAAGACCCCAGCCCAGCCAAUGGAUUACCAGGUGCAAAUGAUGUUAGUAUAUCUAGCAGACAACUGCAUUCUCUCUUGAAAGAUAAUAAAACCAACAUCCUAAUUCUUGAUUCUCGGGGAGCUGCCUGUUAUGCUGAGUCUCAUAUGGCUAUUGGAAAGUGCAUAAAUGUUCCAAAAGACAUAGUAAUACCAGGGACAAGUGCAGAAGCAUUGGGGAAGUCACUUGAUCCUGAAUCAAGACAGUCUUGGGGUGAAAGGAAAAAUGCAGAUUUGGUUGUGCUGUUGGAUUGGUUCACAUCAGAAAAAUCUCAUCGGCCUGGUACCAACCUAUACACGCUUAAGAAUAUUUUGAUCAAGUGGGAUCCUGGUAUCAUCUACAAGUCUCCCCCACUUAUUCUGGAUGGAGGAUAUGAAGACUGGUUACUGACAUACCCCAUGCACACUACAAAUCCCCACGUGAAAGUACCAUUUCAUGAUAGUCUGACAGAAGUGAAUGAUCUCUUAGGUGGUGUGGAAUACCCCAAUUUUUUGGAGUCACCUCAACCAGCCAUUGACCGUACGUCUAAGCCACAAUUUGGUGGAAAAGGAAGUCUUUUGGAGGAUAAUAUAAACACUAUACAAGUAGCAAUACCAGACAGUGUAAGUGAAGGUCAGUCAAGGGUAACCAGCUUUUCAUCAGACAGAACAAAGGACAUUGUGAAGCCAGGAGUGGAUCGGGGGUCCAAGGCUGCAGCUUUGCAGACAUAUGAGGAACGGAGUCGGGAGAUAAGUGAGCCGCUGCUUUCUGAGAUAGAAAAGAGAGCACAAAAGUUAGAGGAAUCUGAACUAAAAGCAGAGCGUGAGCGAGAGAUACUGCGUAUCAGCAAGGAGAAAGAAGCAGAAGAGGAACGUGUACGACUGCUGCAGAAUAGAGAGGAAGAGCUUCUACUCAGCAUUGCUAAACUAGAAGAGAAGCAACAGGACCAGGAAGCAGAAAAGCAACAGCUCAGGGAUCAGUUAGAGCAAUUUAAACAGGCAGAUAAAGAGAAAGCAGACAAGGCACAGAGUCAGAAGGAAGAAGCUGAGAGAAAGGAAGAAGAAAGAAAAAGGCUAGUCAAAGAACAGGAAGAGAGGAAUUUGCCACAUCGAGAGAAAACCCGAAUUGGAUUAGUAAACGGCUUGAAGCUCUUGGUGAAAAUGCCAGAGGACAGGCAACGAAUGAAAGAUGCUGAGAAAGCCAGGAAAAUAGAAGUGGAGAUUCGAAAAGAAAAGGAGAAAGGGAGGCAAGAGCAUGAGAAAGGUACAUAUGCACAGUUAAGACGCGACAUUCCAGCAAGCCCAAGUAUAAUGCAGCGCUCUCACUCAUACCACAAUAUUGCGCAGAUGCGGGAUGACCCUGAUCUGAAUGUGAAACAUGAAACCCCACACUAUGAUCGAACUAUAAAACCUCUUCAGAAGCCACAACGUUCCGAGGUCAGUGCAGCACGUCGUAGAAAUUUCAAUCCUGUAUGGGGAAACAUGGGUAAAGGGAUCACUGGAUUGAAAAAUCUCGGCAACUCCUGUUACAUGAACUCUAUCAUCCAAUGUAUUAACAACACCACUCCAUUAGCAUUGUACUUCUGGAAGGGAGCCUACCAUGAGGAUGUGAACUAUGACAAUAACAGUACACGGGGUGAAGUUGCUGAGGAGGUUGCAGCUGUGGUGAGUGCACUGUGGUCGGGUCAGUACCGAUCCAUCGCAUGUCGAGAUCUGAAGAAUGUGGUGGGUCAACAUAGGAAGCAGUUCCAAGGCUGUGAACAACAAGAUUCACAUGAAUUUCUUACCAUUCUAAUGGAUUGGCUUCAUGAAGAUCUUAACAAGAGGAGUAGAAAGUCUCCAUUAAAAGAAACAAGUAAUGACAACUUGUCGCCAGCAGAUCAAGCUUGGGAGAAGUUCCGGAGAUGUAAUGAGUCACUAAUUCGAAGUUUAUUUUAUGGCCAGCAAAAAUCCACAGUUCGUUGCUGCAAGUGUAGUGAAGAAUCAGUCACAUUUGAAGCAUUCUCAGAUCUGUCAUUGCCUCUCCCCAGCUCCAGCAACAAGUGUUCUCUUGUUGAGUGUAUGAAGUUGUACCUGAAUGGUGAGAAAAUUUCUGGGUGGAACUGUCCAUGCUGUAAGGAGAAGCGUGAUGCCAUCAAGAAGUUUGAUAUUUGGAGACUACCCCCCAUUCUUGUCAUACACUUGAACAGGUUUUAUCAUGAUGGCUGGUGGCGCAAGCGACAGACAUAUGUGGAUUUUCCGUUUAAUCUGGAUAUGCGUCAUUUCUCAUUGGUGCCAGACCAGCGGUAUGUCAGUUAUAAAUUAUAUGGUGUAUCAAAUCAUUAUGGCUCCAUGGAAGGCGGUCAUUACACUGCAUAUUGCAAAAAUGAACUUUACAACAAAUGGUAUAAGUUUGAUGACCAUGAAGUAAGUGAAAUCUCUAAUAAUGAUAUUCGUUCUGGUGCUGCAUACAUCCUCUUUUAUACAGCUAUAUCAGGGAAUAGCAGCUAAAGAGCCAUUAGUAGAUGAGCACAGUUUCAACACAUGUGCUGAAUUCAUCCUUGGCUACAUUACUUGUCAAAUAAGUGAAUAUAAUGCUAAUAAUAAUAAUAAUAACUCUUUUGAUAAAGAGUCUUCUCCUGUUUUUAGUCGUAAUUUUUGUUCAAAGUUGACUGCAUUUCACAUUAAAUCACAAUUUUGGAAGCUUAACCAGACAAAGCGAUUUUUAUGUCUUAGGACUUUUCAUUUUUACUUUGCAACAUAAGAUACAGUCAACAGUCAUAAAAUAAAAUAUAAAAGUCUCUAAUGUAGGUCUUCAGUACAUGCAGCGAAGCCAUAUUACCAUGUUAAUGUAAGAGUAAGCAGUUUACAAUGGUAUGUGAUUUUCACCUACUUGAAUCCUGUUCGACUUAAAUAGAAAUUGAAAUGUGAGAGUCAUCAUCUGAAAAAUAUUUUGCUUGGUUUGCAUGAUUUAAUGGAUGCCCCACUGAGUGGUAGAAUAGGGUGACUGUUACGGGAUCCUUGAGAUCUUUUCAUGGAGAGUAUAUGUACUGUCAAGGGAACAGCAGACAAAACAUUAUUGCCAAUCCAUUUUUCAAUAUUAUUUUUAGUCUGUAAUAGUGAGAAAAUUGGGUGUGUCUAUGAAAGACAGGAACAUACAGGCAUAGACAGUCAGCUUGCAGAUGGUGGUGAGGUCGUGAGCCUUGUACGCCGGCCACCCUUUAUCCCCAGGAGAUUCCUGGUACUCAUUUUUCUUAAAGUCUGAGUCAACCCAAGAGCCAUAGUGAGGCUGGAAGGGUAGUCAUCAUUUUAUUGAUACUGAAAUUCCCUGUAUCAUCACUCAGACAGAAAUUUUAUGUUAAUAUGUAAAGUAAUAAAUUGUUUUCAAAUGGAAAAGUGCAUACAGACCUGAAUAAUGCAUUAUUUGGCAUAAAGUAGAAAGAACUUGUAAAGUCAAAACUUUGCGUUAAUCACUGACUGACUGUGGUCCUGGUCUGGUCUUGUAAUUUGCUCCUGGCCUUCACCAGCACAGUCAUUUUUGGUUUCAGGCCCUGUGGGACCUAUAACCAUCUUUUUGGCCUAGCCCUGUUUUGUUUUGGGGUAAAUUGCCGCUGGCUUUGCCAGCACAGUUAUUCUUGGUUUUUGGCCCCACAGGACCCAUGAACCAUAUUUUUCUCAUGACACAACUCUUGGCAGUUCCUCUUUAUAUAACUUCAGCAUGGAUUACAUAGAAAACACUGUUUCCAGCAGCUUCUCUAUUGUUGUGUGCAUAUUUGUUGCUGUGGGAACAUGUUUACUGAGACUUUGCCUAGCACUGGACAUCUGUGGCUCAACUAUUCUGUCAUUCAAGCUAUGUGUAGCAUAAUGUAUCCUAUGAAGGAGAAAAGGGCUUAAAUGUAAAAUUGUAAGUUUUGUCAAAAUAUUAUUAAUUGCAGAUCAGAUAUUUAAACAUCAUUAAUUUCUGGGCCUACAAGAAUAUGAAUUUAUAAGCCACUUUCUAGACCAUUAUCUUAUGGUAUUGAGCCAUGGACAGUAAAAACAAACAAGAGAAGACUGAUAUCGGUGGAAAUGCAUUUUAUGAUGAAUGAUGGAUUGAAUGAAGAAAUUAAGAGGAACUACAGAUUCCACAAAUAUAAGAAUUUAUAGAACAGCACAGAAGAAUUUGGAAGGAACAUGUUAACAGGAUGAGCACUGACAGGAUUCCAAAUAAGAUAACCUUACGUUCUACAGCUUUUUCAUGGAUUGGCGUAAUGUUUUAACUCUUUGAAGCACAAAUUUCAUCUAAGUAAAUGUCCUACCUUGCAGUAAAUUCACUGUCUCCAUUAUGAAAACGAAAUAAUUUCCAUUUAUCGUGAAAAGUAAGCAAAACAUCAAUACACUGAGAGUAAAAAUAAGAGAUUUUUAAUGUUAAAGCUGGUAUGCUUUAAAGUAUAAUAGUGCUCUAAAUCUGCUAUAAGAAGGCGUAAUUGAUGGUGUUGUAAUUGUAAGAUAUUGUGUAUUUUCUUGUAAAAUGAGUUAAAUUUUGAAGAAAAUAGUAUUUAUGAUGAAAGUUUGUAGCUGGUGUACAGAUAAUAGAAAAUCUUAAUAUUUUCAUAUCGCUGUAUGUAUAUGUACAAUUUACAUUGCAUUUUAAAUGAAUAAUAUCUUAUAAUGCAGUUUGUUUAAAAUUUGUCUCUUUGUCUAUGCCAGUAGUGUUGAGAAUGAUUCUUCAUUACAUCUGCACCAACUUAAGGAUUAUGCCCUAACUGUAAAGUACCGUUUUAAAAGCAUAUGUGUUUA